AUGAGGGCCGCCUUCCGCCUCCUCGCCAGCGUCAAGCCCGGUCAAUUCCUCGAGCCCGGCGCGCCAACCGGCCUCACAGGACUCUUCACCCACCCGGCGCCGCGUUCCACCCUGCUCUACCACUACAACGCCACUCUCGACAAGCUCAAGCAGCUCCCCGAAUCUUCCGUAUACCGCCAGUCCACUGAAGCCCUUACCAAGCACCGCCUCGCUAUCGUCGAGCAAUCCAAGCCCGCGGGAUGGGACGCAUGGCAGGAAAGAAUCAAGCUGCAGAUUAGCGAUGACCCGGACAACUUCCAAAUCAUCAACACAGCCAGCGGACAGACUGUGGUCCUCCCCCCGCAGCUUUCUGUGGAUGAGCGAGACAAGGCCGCAGAGUGGGAUGGUGAAGCGGUGCAGACGUUCCCCGAGGGCAUUCGCUCGUCCAAGGAGCGCCUGCCCCACGCCAAGAAGAUGAAGGGCGAUGCCAACUACACGCCUGAGCGCGUCUUUAGCAAGAUCAAGUUUGAGCCUGAGCCUCAGUACACUGUUGAAGCCAUCUCGGAUCUUGAGAGCAGAAUGGGCGCAGGUCUGAUUGAGGAGGUUAUCCAAGUUGCUGAGGGCGAGCACAAGCUUGUUGAUGUCAUGAUCCAAGCUAAGGUAUGGGAGCCUCUUGAGGAGCAAGCGCCAGAAGGCCAGUGGUCAUACCAUGAGCGCAACACGCACACCAGCACUCAGAAGCCAUAA